CUCCCAACCACAAUCCCGACAGUGAACCCCACCAACUAUCACCACUGGUACGAGUCUUGAAAAAGACAGGCCAUUCAGCAUGGAGUUAUCAACGUAUCAAGCAUGGCAAAGCUCAGGUAACGUCUCAAACACUACAAACAAGUACUUGCAGACGGGUGUUCAACUUCCAAGGUCUGUCAUGGCUCUCGAGCAAUGGCAUGUUCUUGAAGUUGAUCUGAGAAAUACCGUAAUGUUGUAAGAGCAAGACCGCUUCUCUCGAGAAGCGUCCUUGCUCUUCAACAUAGAACUUGAUCUGGGUAAUUCCAGCGAAAGGACUGCUUCUGUUUUUCAUCCUACCUCGCAGAGGGCGGAGUGUACUGACAAAAACAGCUUACUCGCUCUGAACUAUUUUCAAGAUGGCCACUGACAAGAUCACCUUUUUGUCCAACUGGCAUGCUACCCCUUACCACGCACCCGUGUAUCUCGCCCAGGCCAAGGGAUACUUCAAGGAUGAAGGUCUCAAGGUUGCUCUUCUUGAGCCCAAUGAUCCAAGUGAUGUCACCGAAAUCAUCGGUAGCGGCAAAGUUGACCUUGGCUUCAAGGCCAUGAUCCACACCCUCGCUGGAAAAGCUCGCGGUUUCCCCAUCCAAUCCAUCGGAUCCCUUCUCGACGAGCCCUUCACCGGUGUCGUGUACCUCAAGUCCUCCGGCAUCACCACCGACUUCCGCUCCCUCAUGGGUAAGCGCAUCGGUUAUGUCGGCGAAUUCGGCAAGAUCCAAAUCGACGAGUUGACUGCCCACUACGGCAUGAAGCCCACCGACUACACCGCCGUGCGCUGCGGCAUGAACGUCACCAAAGCCAUCAUCAAAGGCGACAUCGACGCCGGCAUCGGUCUCGAGAACGUCCAAAUGGUCGAACUUGCCGAAUGGCUCGCCGAGAACAACCGUCCUCGUGAUGAUGUUCAGAUGCUGCGCAUCGACGAACUCGCCGAGUUAGGCUGCUGCUGCUUCUGCUCCAUCCUGUACAUUGGCAAUGAAUCCUUCAUCGCCAACAACCCAGACAAAGUCCGCGCUUUCCUCCGCGCCUGCAAGAAAGCUACAGACUACGUCCUCGCUUCCCCCGCAGAGGCUUACGAGGAAUACAUCGAUUUCAAACCAACCAUGGGCACUCCCCUCAACCGCAAAAUCUUCGAGCGCAGUUUCGCCUACUUCAGCAAGGAUAUGAAGAAUGUAGCCCGUGACUGGAACAAAGUCACAAACUAUGGCAAGAGACUUGGCGUUUUGCCCGAGGACUACACUCCCAACUACACCAAUGAAUUCCUUGAGUGGAAGUUCGACGCCGAUUCUGAGGACCCCACUGGUGAUCAGAAGAGGAUGGUGGAAUUGCAGAAGAGUGUUGAGAAAGAGGGUGGUUUCCACCGUCUUGGCGAGGCUGUUCAGGGCGCUUUGGUUGAUGCUAAGGCUUGCUUGAUGUAAGGCGUUGUGUGUCUUGAGUGUGAAGAGUCUAUGGAGACAUCACUGCUAUUCACUCUUUUUUCUGUCUGGUUGUAGUAACGACAGUACUAGCAGGUGCACUGAACGAACAAACCUGGGUUACUUCUC